AUGCUGAACAACAUUUUGUUGCUGAGUGUUUUAACGGUGACCAGCUUCUCGUCCAAGACAGAAAGCCGAAAAACUUCUAAGGACAUUUGCAAGAACCGAUGCUCUUGCGAGGAAAAAGAAAACACACUGAACAUUAACUGUGAAAACAAGGGAUUUACAACGGUUAGUCAAUUCCAGUCACCACAAAACAAGAUCAGCCAGCUCUUUUUGAACGGAAACUUUCUGACGAAGCUAAAUCCCAACGAAUUCAUCAAUUAUGGCAAUGUCACAUCUCUCCAUUUGGGUAACAAUGGGUUACAGGAAAUUAAAACGGGGGCAUUCAAUGGGUUAAAAAACUUAAAACGCCUUCAUCUCAACAAUAAUAACUUGGAGAUUAUAAAGGAAGAGACGUUCUCAGGUUUAGAAAGUCUGGAAUAUUUACAAGCUGACUAUAAUUAUAUUAGUGCCAUAGAGGCAGGUGCAUUCAAUAAACUGAAUAAGCUCAAAGUGCUAAUACUGAAUGACAACCUUUUACUGUCUUUACCAAACAAUAUUUUUCGCUUCGUAAUGCUGACGCACUUGGAUUUGAGAGGAAAUCGGUUAAAGAUGUUGCCUUUUGCGGGGGUUUUAGAGCACAUUGGUGGAAUUAUGGAGAUUCAGCUAGAAGAAAACCCAUGGAAUUGUACGUGUGAUCUGAUACCAUUAAAAUCCUGGCUGGAUACCAUCUCCGUCUUCGUGGGAGAUAUUGUUUGCGAGACUCCCUUUAGGCUGCACGGGAAAGACGUCACACAACUGAUAAAGCAAGACCUUUGUCCCAGACGGAAUGCUGGCGACACAGGUCAUCGCGCAAUGCAGCCCCCGUCCGAUUCGCAAUUCCACGGUCCCUCUCCGACAUUACGCGCACGGGUCACGCCAACGAGAGUGCCCAAAGCAUCCCGCCCUCCCAAAAUAAGAAACCGUCCAACACCACGGGUUACGUCUAGUAAAGACAGACAUGUGUUCGGACCCAUUAUGGUUUACCAGACGAGGUCUCCUGUACCAAUGACCUGUCCAAGUAUCUGUGUGUGCACAUCGCAGAACCCAGAUAGUGGGCUGAAUAUCAAUUGUCAGGAGCGGAAACUGCAUAAUAUAUCCGAACUGCAGCCUAAGCCUUCCUAUCCAAAGAAGUUGCAUUUAACAGGCAAUUACUUACAAAUCAUAUACAGGACAGACUUUGCAGAAUAUAGUACCCUCGAACUUCUCCACCUAGGGAAUAAUAGGAUAGCAAUUAUUCAGGACGGGGCUUUCGAGAAUCUAACUAGUUUAAGAAGACUUUACCUCAAUGGCAAUUACAUUGAAAGUUUGUCUCAGUCCCUGUUUGCUGGCCUGCAGAAUUUGCAGUACCUCUACUUGGAAUAUAACAUAAUUAAAGACAUUUUACCCCACACUUUCAACUCAUUACAUAAUCUACAGUUGUUAUUCUUAAACAAUAACCUUUUAAGGUCUCUGCCCGAUAAUGUGUUUGGGGGCACCAUGCUGACCAGGCUCAAUCUGAGAAAUAAUCACUUUUCGCAUUUGCCAGUGCGAGGAGUGCUGGAUCAGCUCUCUGCCUUUAUUCAGAUUGACCUACAGGAGAAUCCGUGGGACUGCACGUGUGAUAUUGUAGCGCUGAAAAACUGGAUGGAACUGUCCAGCACUAGCGUGGUGGUGAACGAGAUCACAUGCGAUUCUCCCUCCAAACAUGCUGGGCGGCUUCUCCGGUCCCUGCGCAAUGAUGCGAUUUGUCCGGAAAACAAUGAGAUACAAGUAACCAAGGCACCUACCAGCUCAAGCUCUAGCACUGAGCCCACCCCUGUUUCUGCCAUAACCUCUACGGACAGAGUUCCAGAAAUGCACCCAGAAGUGCCCUUGUCUGUUCUAAUCUUGGGUCUGCUCGUUGUGUUUAUUCUCUCUGUGUGCUUCGGGGCAGGAUUGUUCGUGUUCGUCCUCAAACGACGCAAAGGAGUGGAGAGUGUUCCUUCUGGAGCCAAUAAUUUGGACAUGAACUCUUUCCAAGUACAGUAUGGCUCUUACAAUACAGAACCGUGCGCGGAAAAAACGGAAAGUCACGUGUACAAUUACAUUCCCCCACCAGUGGGUCAAAUGUGUCAAAACCCCAUCUACAUGCAGAAGGAGAGCGAUCAGGUGGCAUAUUACAGGAACUUGAAAGAGCUCAGUUUCAGCACGCUCGACACCAAAAAGGAAGAGCUGUCACGUAGCCCCGCAUUCACAAUAAGCACAGUUGAGUUCAUUGACAAACAGCCCUGCGGUGGCCGAGAGCCCGAGCUUCUGUAUCAGAACAUUGCAGAGAGAGUGAAAGAGUUGCCAGCCGCUGGACCGCUAAACUACAACUUUUGCACUUUACCUAAAAGGCCAUUCAUUCCUCCAUAUGAGACCACUCGACGGCACAACCAGGAUAGAUUAAAUAAAACUGUUCUCUAUGGGACCCCAAGAAAAUAUUAUACUGAACAGUCAAAGAAUGAACAUCCCUUACUCCCAAGCAAGCUUAAAUCAGAGCCAGACUACCUCGAAGUUCUGGAGAAACAAACUGCAAUAAGUCAAUUGUAA